ACGCAAACCACGUGGGUUUGUUAUUACAGGAAGUGAAGAUGGCCGCUCAGUCCUUUCUCUCCGAGUCGGCUCUUGGCUGGUCUAUUUUCACCUUCGUACUUUUGGUCAUCCUCGCUUUCUGUUGGGUCUACAUUCGCAAAUUUCAAAGUCGCCAAGAAAGCGAAGUUGUUUCAACCAUCACAGCAAUAUGCGCACUGGCCAUUGCACUAAUAUCUUCAGCACUUCUACCAGUGGAUAUUUUCCUUGUCUCCUUCAUGAAAUACCCAAAUGGCACUUACAAGGAAUGGGCCGCAAGCAAUGAGACAAGAGCAAACAUUGAGGACACAGUCCUGUAUGGAUAUUACGCACUCUACUCCAUCAUUCUUUUCUGUGUCUUUUUAUGGAUCCCUUUUGUUUAUUUCUACUAUGAAGAAAGAGAUGAUGAAAACGUCAACACAUGCUCGCAAGUCAAAAACGCUCUGAAGUACACAGUUGGAUUUGCCAUUGUCUGUGUGGCGCUGCUAUUAAUUGGAGCAUUUGUUCCACUUGAGCCUCCACCGCAAAAGAAUGCCACCCAGUGGGAGAAAGUUCAAUACCUUUUUGAAGAGCUAGGCAGUAGCCAUGGUCUAACUGCUCUGGCUUUCUCCAUCAGCUCCUUGACCUUGAUUGGGAUGCUUGCAGUGAUCACUUACACAGCAUACGGUAUGUCUGUGUUGCCUUUGAAUCUGAUAAAAGGCACACGGAGUGUGGCUUAUGAACGUCUGGAGAACACAGAGGACAUUGAUGAUGUCGAGCAUCAGAUCGAGAAGCUGAAAUCCAAGUGUAAAGAUGGCCGCCCCUUGUCAUCAAGAGACAGAAAUAACCUGCAGGAGCUGGAAGGCAAGCUACAGGUUCUCCAACGCAGAGGGAGGCACCUGGAAAUUGCAGAGAGGACCUGCUGCAACAAAAUCGGCAGCGCUCUCAGACCUUUCAAGAUAAUAUUGGGCAUUUUCUUCAUCCUGGUUGCUUUGCUGUUCACUGUUGCCCUGUUCAUUUCAAAUUUGGAUAAAGCUCUGCACUCUGCUGGAAUCAGCUCUGGAUUCAUAAUCUUUGGUACCAAUCUAACCAAUCCUUUGAAUGAACUUCUCUUAACCUUACAACCUGUUUUUCCGUUGGAUUACAUCCUGAUUACAGUCAUCACAAUGUAUUUUGUCCUCACCUCCAUGGCUGGUAUUCGCAACAUGGGUAUCUGGUUCUUCUGGAUAAGGCUCUACAAAAUUCGGCCUAAAAAAACCCGUCCACAGGCUCUCCUCUUCCUCUGCAUGAUUCUUCUGUUGAUUGUCCUCCAUACCAGCUACAUGAUCUACAGUCUUGCCCCUCAGUACGUCAUGUAUGGCAGCCAGAAAUAUCUCUUACAGAAUCCCUCAUCAGGUCUUACGUCAGGGAAUGCUUCUUUUGGCACGACAAGGGUCUGUGAUGCCGACGCGCCCGAGGAUCAGUGCAUUGUGACGAGAUCCUACCUUUUCCUUCACAAGUUUUGGUUCUUCAGUACAAUCUACUACUUUGGUAACUGGGCCUUUAUUGGGGUGUUCCUCAUCGGGCUGGUGGUGUCGUGCUGCCGAGGGAAGAAGUCUGUGAUUGAAGGCGAGGUGGAGGCCGAUGACUCAGACGUCAGCGAUGAUGAAUAUGUGCACUGAGGUUCAAUAUUCCAACACGCACACACACAGCACAUCUCGCCAUAACUUAAAGGAGGGAGCUUCUAAGUACAAUUUGGCGUGUCAUUAAUUCCUCCUCUGUUUGUUAUUGUGCUUCGAAACAAUAUUACCAUAGAUUUAAAAUGAGCAUUUGUCAUUUGCCGAGUACUUUCAAGACCAGGGUUUGCUGAAGUUUUUCAAGUCAAUUCUCACAUGUACACAGUGCAUCACUAUCCCGUGGGCAUAUAUUUCAAACUCACUUGCACACUUUAGUACAUUAAACAUGAAUUGAAAAAUGCUUUAAAAAGAAAUUGGGAGGCUGCUACCUUUUUAAAUAAUGCUUCAUGCGUUCUAAUAACCCUUUCAAAAACCGGAUAGUCAUGUGACUUUUUCUUUAACUGCUGUAAGAAAAGUGUAUUUUUGAACUGUGAAUGAAAUACUGUACAUUGUUAUUUAAUUGCUCCUCGUGAAUGGAAAGUAUUAUGCAUGUCAUAUUACACCGUGCACAUUUUACCUUUCAUAUUUCAUGAACUUGGUCUCGUUAUAGGACAGUGAUUCUUAACCUGGGUUCGAUCGAACCCUAGUCGGCCUCAGUGGUUCGGCAGUGGUUAAAACACACCCGACUCAUCGUGUAAAUACAAACUUCUCCCUAUCAGCAUAUUACGGAUACGGCAACAGCUGACUGAUUUGCAGGUGUGUAAUUUGUUGUGAGUUUAUGCACUGUUAGUUUUCUUGUUUGAACAAGGUGAUGUUCAUGCACGCUUCAUUUUGUGCACCAGUAAAACAAACAUGGUAACACUUUAGUAUGGGGAACAUAUUCACCACUAAUUAGUUGCUUAUUAACAUGCAAAUUAGUGAAUUGAAUUAUAUUUAUAUAGGGCUUUUCUCGACUGACUCAACGCGCUUUACAUAGUGAAACCCAAUAUCUAAGUUACAUUUAAACCAGUGUGGCUGGCACUGGGAGCGGGUGGGUAAAGUGUCUUGCCCAAGGACACAACGGCAGUGACUAGGAUGGCGGAAGCGGGAAUCGAACCUGCAACCCUCAAGUUGCUGGAACGGCCACUCUACCAACCGAGCUAUACCGCCCCAACAUAUUGUAACAUAACAUAGUACAUAACAUAACAUAUUGUAAAUGAUAAAUAAAUGAUAAAUGGGUUGUACUUGUAUAGCGCUUUUCUACCUUCAAGGUACUCAAAGCGCUUUGACACUACUUCCACAUUUACCCAUUCACACACACAUUCACACACCGAUGGAGGGAGCUGCCAUGCAAGCCGCCAACCAGCACCCAUCAGGAGCAAGGGUGAAGUGUCUUGCUCAGGACACAACGAACGUGACGAGGUUGGUACUAGGUGGGAUUGGAACCAGGGACCCUCGGGUUGCGCACGGCCACUCUCCCACUGCGCCAUUGUAACUUGUAACAUAACAUAGUAACAUAUUGGCUCUUAACUAGUCAUUAUUAAGUACUUAUUGAUGGCCUUAUUAUAACUCUAACCCUCUAACCCUAACCAAAUAACUCUAAGUCUUUAUUACUUACAAUAUGUUACCCUAGUGUCCAAAUAACUCUAAAUUAAGUCUUUGUUACUUAGAAUAUGUUCUUCAUACUAAAGUGUUGCAAAAAACAUAUAACUUUGUCUUCAAUUUGAAAAAAAAAACAUUUUAUUUUUCACUAAAGAAGGGUUCGGUGUGUGCACAUAUGAAACUGGUGGGGUUCUGUACCUGCGACAAGGUUAAGAACCACUGUUAUAGGAGAAGAAAAAUCAAGAAAUAUUCCGUAAGUUUAUUGCACUGAAUGUCUUCAUCUUUUUAUUAUGAUUUUAUUCCAUUCAAAGCAAAUAGUGCAUCCUUGUAAUGUACAAAAAAGAGCAGCCACUCAUUGAGUUACUACAUGAAUUAUGAUCAUGAUGGGAAAGUGCCUGAUGAAUAUAAAUGUAAUGAUGGGCACAUAAGCUGUUUUCUUUAAGAGAAAUGAUCCAAAUGAUGAUAAUAUUGUGUAUUUAGCAAUAAACGGUACAUAUAUUUACAUAAAUAAAUGCUUCUGAAAAUAUCAUUUAAAA